AUGGUAGAACCAGCGAAUGGAAUUGGAACCAUGGCAAGUUUCCCUCGAACUGCAGCUAUGAGUGGAGCUAAAGGCGGUCCUAUCCUUAUCGCAACCGCUACCGCCGCCGCGCACGCAUCCACUUGCGCUACUGCAAUGGGCUCCAGGCCGUUUUGGGUCGACUAUUCUUACCAUAAUCGUCAGGACUACAUCAUGCUCGAAUGCGUCCUCGCUUUGCUGCAGGCUCCUGAUGUUGAAUCCACUCUGUUCGCUUGUUUCGCUCCUGAUCCAUUGCGUUCUUUGGCAGCUGACCUCACCGCUACACCUGACGUUGCGCUUGCGCUGGAGUCAAUUUAUGCGUCACCAUUCUGGACCUCUCGUUGA